GGGGUUGUUCCGCUUUCGAUUAGCAGUUCGAGUUAAGAUGGCGGUACUUAUUGAUCGCCCGCUAGGGUUACAAGAGCUCUUUACAAGCAUAUCUCCAAAAUUUAAUUCAACAGAAUCAGACGAUGUUGUGCAAUCACUGAAAAGGAAUUAUGGAGGAAAAUUUAAUUCGGUAGAUGAUCAAGAUUUGUUCUCAUGUUUGCAACUUCUCGAGAAGCAUGGAUUUGUGUCUGACAACCACCUCACGCUGAUCGAAGAGUUUGUUGCGCCGAAAUCGAACAAGGAAGAACAGAUCAAGGAAAUGAUCAAGAGUUUCAAGGACUCUCGGGUGCAAGAAGUUGAUCCAGAGAAGGAAUUGCCAGGGCGACAAAAGGAGCUCGAGGAAAUUAUGGAAAAGCUUGAGCCUAAAGGUCAGUCGCUGGUGUUGAACUUGUUUGGAUCGGCCGGAGUGGGAAAGACAACACUAGCAAAGAACGUUUGUUCUAGAUGGCAAGGAAAACAAUUCGUUUUUGAUCUAAGGGAAGCUAAAGAUAUGCGAGAGAUUUAUCUCAACAUGAUGAGCUGCCUUGAACUAACUGUUCCCAUCGGCUACGAUGAUCAGAAUUAUGUUGUUACAAAAAUUCACGAGAAAAUUCAACCGUUAAAUCAACCAGUUCUCUUCUUACUCGAUAAUGUUGAUCAGUUCACAACUGGACAAGGAAAAGAAGGCAAGAACUUGAAAACAGCUUUUGUGCAAUUUCUAGAAAGGCUUUCAGAAUUUGAUGAGAAAGACAAUAGAACAUCACUUAAACUACUUAUGACAUCCAGAACACAAUUGCAAGACGCAAAAAAGGUGGACAAUUUUGAGGUGAAACCCCUUGAAAGUUCCUUCUCAGAGGAAAUCCUGAUUUCUAAGGGAAUGAUUGAUGUUAAUACCCACCAGAAGAAUGAACUAAUUGACAUCUCUAAAGGAAUACCCCUUCUUUUGAAGGGAUUAGCAGCUAUUUUGCGACAAGAAAGAAAAUCUGCUGAUGACCUUAUUGCUGACGUUCAGAAAGGGAAAGGUGCCACUCCAAAGAAAUCAGAAUUGGAAGAAGAUGCUAAAGAAAAGCAAUUAGAUUUUGAAGAAGAAGGAGUGGAUAUAGGUCAGCUGUCUACAAUUAUGGAAAUGUUCAAUACACUUCCCACUGAUAGCUUGAAAGUGUCUGCUGUAUCCGUUUCGUUGUUUUGCGGUCCUUUCUCUGCUUCUACUGCUGCUAACAUCCUUGGCCUCACCCCAUCAGACACCUUAGCUCAGCUGGAGGGGCUGGUUACAAGUGCAAUUAUUUCUGUGGUUAAUAAAGAAGCAAAGGAAGUGAUGUAUGACAUUCAUCCACUUUUAAGAAAAUAUGCUAAAAGUAUCAAGGAAGAUGCAAAAUUCCACAUGGCUUACUUGGAGGCAAAGGGACGAUUCCAUCAGCACUUUAUGGCAAAGAUGGAAAAGAUUGCAAAACUUAUAGAGCCCGACUAUGUUGAAGCAUUCCAAAUGUUUGAGACUGACAGAGCGAACUAUGAGUUUACUUUUGAGAUCUCUUUGCAGCCAGACUAUUUCAGUGUUCCAGGUGAUUUUCGUGAGAUUGCCCUGAUUGCAUCACUUUUCAGUGCUAUGCUGACUGAAGACAAACAGAUCAAGCUGUUUCAUUCGUGGGCUGAGAUGUGUGAAGAUGAUGGACGGUCAGGCUCUCUUUGCCGGGUGCAGUUAAAAUGUUGGGAAGCUCGGCAAGUUUUAGAUGUUGAUGGAACUGAGAAAGCAUUUGAAGUGUUGAAAGAAGCGUCCUGUUCAUUCGAUAAUAUUCAAGAUAAAUCGAGUGAAUCUUACAGGCUCAGCAAAGGACUUUACCUGUAUACUGAGGGGGAGACUCACUACAUGAAGAGAAACUACAAGAAAGCACUGGAAAUCUUGGAGUUAUCGUUACAAUUUAGAGCGGAACUCCUUAAAGUUCAUUCUGAUCUUGCAAGGUGCUACAAUGCUAUUGGAAACUGCCAUUUUCACCUCAACAAACCGGAGACAGCACUUGAGUUCUACACUAAAGCAUACAACAUACAAAAGGAAAUUGCCGGUUCAGAGUAUCAUUUUGACAUGCCAAUGUACAAGAAUCAAAUCGGCACAGCAUAUGAGGGUCAGGGAGACUACCAGAAGGCAGUGGAGUGUUACAGAGACGCCCUGUAUCUUUUGGAAGAGCUCAAACUUUCAGGGUUUAGCGAUGAAGCACACUUCUGUAGAAACCUUGCCAAUGCUCUUAUGUUUCAGGGGAAGUAUCGAGAAGCAGUUGAACCUGCAGAAAGGGCUUACAACAUAAGGAUGACGCUUCUUGGGAAUCACCCACUAACCGUGCGUAGCAUUUUCCAGCGAGCAGUGCUUCAAGCCAACUUAAGUAAAUUUGAUGAAGCGCUGGAGCUUUUCCGCGAGGCGUGGGAAAUGGAGAAGUCGCUUGGUGCAGGAAACCAUAGUGAAGUAUGGCGGAAGAUUAUUAAAGGUGUUGAAGACAUGUAUGAUUACUCAGAGACAAAAAGAAAGAUGGAACGACAUCUGCCGUCAUUUCAUUCCCUGGAGAAGGAAAAAUUUAGAAAUGAUGCGCUGAAAUUUUGUCAGCGCUUCUGGGAUGAAGAGAAACGUUCUGUGCAGUUCAGCUUCACUGAGUACAACAAAGAGAUCAUUGAUGCUUUAUUGCACUUGGUUCGUGACCAGAAAGACAAAGAUGAAACCGAAAAAGACGCCUUGUGGUUCUAUGAAGGGAUGCAGACUGUUACUGAGAAAGAGUUUCAAGAGGAGUUUGACCAAGAAAUAGAUAACAGUAAGCUUAACGAGAUGUUGAAAGAAAGAGAUGAGUUCUUGGACAAAGUAAUUGAGUUUUGUCGUAGUCGAGCUGAGCACGAGAAACUCACAAGGCACAAAACCAUGAAGUUAGCACUGUACAAAAAAGUUCUUGUGAGACCAGACUUUGUUGCCGAGGACCAUGCCUACGACAAAGCGACACUAAAAGACAAGGUAGAACAGCUGUACCGAGAUGUUGGUGAUGAGCAACACAUUCCAGAAUUCCAAGAGGGCCUGUUGCAUACCUGGCAAAAGCACUGGGAGGUAGGGAAAGGUGGAGCGAAGGCGAAGGAGUUUGGUUUGGCUAGGGAGAGAACAAUCAUUGGAAUUCUCCAGUUAUGCAAGCAACUUAAAAAAGAGGAAAUGUUCAGAAAAUACGGAAAAGAAGCACUGAGUUUUUAUGGAAAAGAAACACUGAGUUUUUAUGAGAAUGUAUGGGAGGUGAAGCAGGCUGAGAUGAAAGACCUGGAAAUGGAAAAGUUCCUCCAUCACAUCAAACAGUUGGCAUCGUCCACUGGAGAUAAUGAAAGAAAGAAAUGUUAUGAUGAGGCAUAUCAAGUUCUCCAAGAUGAGAAGACACCAGGGGCCACGGUACCCACUAAAGACUCUAAGAAUGUAGAGGUCUCUCUGGCCAACGUAUUUUCUCUAGAAGCUGAGAAAGGGGGUGAUGGUAAGCAGGAAAAGGAAGAGAUGGAAGUCAGUUUAGAGGAGACAACGGAUGUAGCCCAGGAUAUUAACGACAGCAAAAAGACCCUCGUCAGGAGGUAAACGUGUCUUAAGUGUAUUGCUAUGAUUUUUGUAUCUUUCUAUAUUUUCACUUUCUUUGUACCCUGUACUUGAAUUGAAAUCUCUGAACAACAAACCCAAGAUUAUCCAGAUACACACUUACCAAGCUUUGUUAAUAGCAUGUAUUUGUCCACACAUACCUAAUUUAUUAAAUAUACUCUACACUAAAAUGUAACAUGAUUUAUAUUGGCCGCAGGACAAACUACAGUAUUGUGGAGGAAAACUCUGAAUAAUGUGUGAAUUAGUGAAUUUGAAUUUGUGAACAUUGCCGUGAAUUGGCAGACGGUCAAAAUGUCGAUGCUGCUCCAAAUGGAAGAACUUUGAUAGAUGUCAAUGCAAUGGAGCCUCUGCUAAACUGGUAUCCCCGGUGCCAGGAAAAGUGCCCACUCAGGGGAGUUUUCUGCUUAUGAGAGGUUCAAAAUGUUUUGGAGGUGUACUUAGUGGCAACAAACAGGAGGUGUUCCUGGUUCCUGGUUCAACUUCCUGCCUAUAGGAGGUGUAUGUUUACGGAGGUUGAACUGUAUUUUU